AUGCAAACACGUUCUGUCCGAUUGGGAGGGAGGCGUGUGAAGCUCAGUGCGCGGAGACUUCUCCUGGGCUGGGGGCUGUAUUUUGAGUGCAAGCUCGAUUGUCCAGCAGCGUUGGGCGGGUUGCAGCGAACUGCAGUCUUCAAUCCUAGAUUUUUCAUGCUCAGCACCGCUAGGUUCCGGGAUUCCCCGGAUCAGCAGACGCCUCGUCUCCAGCUGGGCUUAGGACCGCAGCAGGCGGGGAUUAGGUCAUCGCUAGCAGGUUCGAGAGGCCCGGACGCCGGCGGGGCUGCAGAGGCUGCUGUGAGAGGGCGCUACGGGCUGCAGUCUGGCGAACCCGCUGAAGAGGCGGGGAGGCGGCGUCCGCGCUCGCUCGCUCGCUCCCUUCCCGCAUCGCAGAGGGGUCUGCCGCUGCGCUUCCUGCUCGCUCGCCGCUCGGUGGCUCGCCGCGGGAGCAUCUGCCUCACGGCCCCGGUUCCGGCUGCGUUCGGGAACCUCCCGCGGACUCCGCGCGCGCAGCGAGCCGGCGCCACACCUGUGGAUCGCGCGGCCGUCGGGGGUGCGGGCCGAGGUCGGGCGGCGAGCGCGGUGCGGGCGCCCGAGCCCUGCGAGAGGUUUGUCCCCUCGCUGGGUGCCGCGGGCAGCAUGGGGCUCCCGGCACUUGAGUUCAGCGACUGCUGCCUCGACAGCCCGCACUUCCGAGAGACGCUCAAGUCUCACGAAGCGGAGCUGGACAAGACCAACAAAUUCAUCAAGGAGCUGAUCAAGGACGGGAAGUCGCUCAUCAGCGCGCUCAAGAGUGAGUGUUCUGAGCUGGGAGGGACCGGGCCCGGGCGGGAGGGCUGA